GUUGUCGCGUCCGCCCCGUGGUUUACGGUGGCGAGCCGGAGUAGUGUUUUUGCAGCGCGGAGGAGAAAAAGCUAAAGCCUCAAACGUCGGUGAUCAGACUCUUCAGCAUCUGCACCGAGAGACGAGCAGCGGGUUGAAGCACGUCCGGACACAAGCGCACCUCUGCGUGAAGUGAGUGAGUGAGUGAGCGUGAGUGAGUGAGUGAGGAAGAAGAAGAGAGAAGAAGGACUCAGAGCAGCCGCCAUAGCUGAAGAGUUCCUGCCCUAAUUUGGCCGUGAGGAAGAAACAUCGGUCUGCUACACAGCCCAACCAGAGUCUAAGAUGCCCUAGACCGGGAGAAGGGAAAUGUAAAUGGCUUCCAAAGUAAAAGAUGCUGUGGUGUGGUACCAGAAAAAGAUUGGCGCCUAUGACCAACAGAUUUGGGAGAAAUCGGUGGAACAAAGAGAAAUAAAGUUUAUAUCUCUGGGCUUGAGGAACAAGCCAAAGAAGACGGGACAUGUCAAACCCGAUCUUAUCGACGUGGACUUGGUCAGAGGGUCGGCGUUUGCCAAGGCCAAACCCGAGAGCCCGUGGACGUCGCUGACCAGGAAGGGCAUCGUCCGGGUCGUCUUCUUCCCGUUCUUUUACCGCUGGUGGAUCCAGGUCACGUCCAGAGCCAUUUAUCUUUUACUGUUGGCUCUUUAUGUACUGCAACUGGCAGCAGCAGCCCUGUACGUGUCCAUCCCUCAGCCUCAUGGGAUACCGACCACUGAGGUGUUCGGAGCCAUCUGGCUCAUGUUGCUGCUCGGCACCGUCCACUGUCAGAUCGUCUCCACCAGGACGCCGAAGCCCGCCUCCAGCAGCGGAGGGAAGAGACGCAGGAAGUUGAGGAAGGCAUCUCAGAUGGAGGUGCAUAGGGAAGGCGAUGGUUCUAGCACUACCGAUAACACACAGGAGGGGGCGCCACACUGCCACUCAGCCAGCAGCCCAACAUACAGCCUGGGCACUCUCUUCCAAGAUUUCUGGCAUGAUAUCUGUAAAGCUGGAUCUAAGAAGUCCAAGCUCUCCAUUGACAAAUCUACCGAGACGGAUAACGGCUACGUGUCGCUGGACGGUCGUGUGACCAAUCGCAGCAGCGAGGAGGGGCUUCAGCUCCACGAGCAGCGAUGUGAUUUGUUGAACAGGGCAGACGAGCCGUGCUGGACCACUCUCGUCCAGCCGCCUCACGCAGCUCGCCCCGCGGGUCUGAUGCUGCCCAGCGGCAUCAAGGUGAGUUUACUGUUGAUGAAUAGAUUUAGGUCUGGACGACCGGGGACCUCCUGUCUUUGGCUGAUGUGUUGUGUGUUACAGGAGCCAGCAUCAGAUGAGGCGUCCAGCGAGGAGGACCCUGAAGCCUCCUACAGCGCCCUCCGCAGGGGGGUUGAAAGAAUGAACAGUGACUGUACGCUCAGAAACCGCAAGAGCACUCACCACUACAAGAAACACUACGCUGUGGAGGACGUCCCCAAGUCCGGCACCAGCUGCAGCUCCAGAUGUUCCAGUCUGAGGACUCAGGACUCGGAGAGCACUCGUCACGAGUCGGAGACGGAGGACCUGAUGUGGGAGGACUUCCUGCACUGUGCCGAGUGCAGAUCCUCGUGUACAUCAGAAACAGAGGGAGAAGGAGGAACACCCGUGUGCUCUCCUGCUAAGAAGGAAUACAGAGACGACCCUUUCCAUCAGGGUCACGUUCCGUGGCUGCACAGCACCAACCCCGGCCUGGAGAGAGUGAGUGCUAUAGUGUGGGAGGGAAACGACUGUAAGAAGGCCGACAUGUCCGUCCUGGAGAUCAGCGGCAUGAUCAUGAACAAGGUGAAUCUCUACACUCCUGGUAUCGGUUACCAGGUGUUUGGGAACCUGGUCUCAGUGACACUUGGACUCACACCGUUUGCAUACAGGCUGGCUCAGUACCGAGACUUUGAUCAGCUGACCACGCUCUCAGCCAAUGAGCUUCUGUCCGUGGCCCUGGGGGGCGGGUCUGGAUCAGACGCCAUGGUCAUCACCAUGGUCACGCUGAGCUUCCUGGUGCGUGUGUGCCUCACGUGGCUCUUCUUCUUCCUGCUCAGCGUAGCAGAGAGGACCUACAAACAGAGGCUCCUGUUCGCCAAGCUGUUCGGUCACCUGACGUCGGCCCGCAGAGCCAGGAAGUCCGAGGUCCCUCAUUUCAGGCUGAAGAAAGUUCAGAACAUCAAGAUGUGGCUGUCGCUGCGCUCAUACCUCAAGAGACGGGGUCCUCAGCGCUCCGUGGACGUGAUCGUGUCCUCAGCCUUCCUGCUCACUCUGUCUGUCGUCUUCAUCUGCUGUGCUCAGUUGCUCCACGUCCACGAGACGUUCCUGGAGUGUCACUACAACUGGGAGCUGGUGAUCUGGUGCUCCAGUCUGUCUCUGUUCCUGCUCCGGUUCGUCACGCUGGGCUCCGAGACCAGCAAGAAGUACAGCAACACCUCCAUCCUGCUCACUGAACAGAUCAACCUGUACCUGAAGAUGGAGAAGAAGCCAAACAAGAAAGAGGAGCUGACUCUGGUCAACAACGUGUUAAAGCUGGCGACUAAACUACUCAAGGAGCUGGAUACUCCGUUCAGGUUGUACGGGUUGACCAUGAACCCUCUGCUCUACAACAUCACGCAGGUGGUCAUCCUGUCGGCCGUGUCAGGGGUCAUCUCGGACCUGUUAGGAUUUAACCUGAAGCUGUGGAAGAUCAAAUCGUGACAGAGAGACGAGGAGGAGGGUCGACGUCACUGACUGAAAGACCGAGCGUCGGUCUCAACAUAUCGGAGCUCUGACCGUCAACGUUCUCACUUUGUGCAAUUCACAAACUAUUUAUUUACCCACUCAGUGUUUUUACUUAGGGUUUCUUUGAAUUCUAGUUUGUUUCCAUUUUUUUGUGUUUUUACCGCACAAAACGAUGCUAUAUUAUUUUACCUGUCAACACAAAGUAUUAUAAGCAUAAAUUAUUAUUAUUGUGAUAGUUUAGGUCCCCCGCUGCAGUUUUCAUUUCAGCCUAUUUGCAAAUUUGAAGGUUAAGUUUUGAACUGCCGAACGGGCGAAAGUCUUUGUAUUGUCAUUUUUUGUGUUUUAUUUGCUGAAAGUUAUUUAUGUUGAGUGAGUUUCAAAGCGAAACUCGAAGCUCUGUUUUGACCUUAAAAUCCGUUUUUUUAAAAAUACUAGUCCAGUGGUUUUCUUCUCAGUUGACUGUCUAAAGUUGAAAUACACGUACAAUCUCUCAGACGACAACCGAUGUGGUAAAUAAAACCUCAGUGUGUACCAAGAUCAAACUACAAUUAAAGUUACUUAUAAUUAUCCUGAACUACAAAUUUAACACCUGGUAUUCUGACAGAAGAAUGUAAGAAUUGUCAGUUUUUUUAAUUUCCUCUGCAGCUGUUUCUCUACAACUGUCUAUCUGUUCACUGUUUAAACCAGCUCCCGGAUUUCAAAGCAUAGUCCAGUGGAUGUUAACAGAGUUGUUCGGUAGGUUAAGUUUUUUUGUUUUUUUUGUUUGCUGACUUACCAGAGAAAAUUGGCACCGCAAAGACACAAUCAUCCAGUUAAUGGAAAUAACAGCAUGUGACAUUGACUCUGGAGUUAGAGUGGAGCACGUAUUAACACAGUCGAGGGUUUGCUGAAGGUCUCUUCACUGCAGCAAGUUAAAUCCAAUCAAAUACCCUUUUGUAUUUGUUUACUUUUUUCCUUGGACAGUAUUUCCAGCAUCAUAUGAAGGUGAUAACUGAUCUGAUGUAGUUCAGGUUAUUUUCCUACACAGUUUGGUACAAUAUGCAGGUAAUGGACGAGCUUCCAAACAGCUUCUUAAGGGGAGUUUGACGGUUGUUUACCUCAAGCUUCUUUUUUUUUUUUACUCCUGCUCAGAUUGAUCCUACCGCUGCAUAUUAACUUCCUGACUUAAAUUUGAGGUUUUUAUUUUAUAUAGACUAUUAUCAGCUGCCUGUUCCCCAGAUUAUUUUUCUCAAGUGACUGAUUUGUGGACAUCCACUGUUCUACAAUGAGAAAUUAUAUUGCAAAAUAUAAAAAUAUAAUCGGAAUAACAAGCCUGUUGAUUCAAAUAUUGAAACUUGGCUCUUUACAAAAUAAUUUUUGUUUUGGCUGAUGCCUUUUUACUGUAAUUUCUCACUUUUAUUGACAAAUGAUGAAAAAUGAAAACGUCACGAAGAGUUUCAGCUCGAGAACUUAUUCCGUCUGCUCUCAACAUUUUGGGACAAUCUGUUUUGUUUGUCUCUCCGUCAAUUUGAUUAUUUCUUAAAUUAAAAUGGGAAAUUCACAUUUGCUGUCAAACUCCCAGAGCUACAUGUUCAUUAGCAUGAGACGGCUCAUCCUCUGCCCGUCAUAGGCUCCUCCCCUUGCAGUAAAUACAUGAGCGUGAUUGAAGAAAUGCACUUUGGGAAAAACAAAACAGAUUUUAAAUGGAAGAAAAAUAAGUUUCAUCUCCACUCAAUGUCAGAGAUUUGUUUUGUACCUCACCUGCUUGACACAGUUUGCAUUUGCUGUUCAAGCGAAUGCUAGCUGCGAUCUAAAUAUUCACAUCGCUCUUGAAGUUCAUUCUACAUGGUACGUGAAGUUCUCAUGCUCGCAGAAAAUAUCUCACGUGAUUUAAAUGCUGACGUAAGUUAUUGCCUCAGCAUCACUCGUUACAAUGCUAGCAUAGUUAUCUUCGGUGUGUUUGAGGAGGAAGACCAAAGUGCUUAUUGUUUGUUUUUCUUAUUCUCUGGGGAAAAAGAAAGAAUGUAUUUGCAGCGUUAUGCUUUAAAAACUGUUUCCCUUUGGAAAUUCUUCAAGUUGUAUUUUUGUUUUCUUUUUGACCUUUCGCUCUUUGUUCUCUCACUUUUUCCUUUAAGAUUGUUUGUCCCUCACGCAUGUUGAAACGAUACAUGUUUUGCCAGCUUUUUAAGGAACAAAGAAGUUUGACUUGUAUGUAUGAAAGGAAUCUAGGUUAAAAAAAAAAAACUGUUGUGAUUCUGUUUACCCGAACAGAAGAUUUUUUUUGUGAACCGUUCUGUCCAUAAGGUCUACAUUUUUUUUUUUAUAAGAAAAAUAAAAGAAACAGUUGUUGACUCA